UAGAUUUUUUAUCACCGACACUUUCAUUCCACACAUACAGUGGUAGAUUGUAUUGCGUUGAGGAUAUAAAGGAAAGUGUGUGAAAUGAAUAUGGAUUAUUAUAGAUUGGAAACCGGUGAAAUGUUAGCUGGUCGGCGCAUUUCUGUUUGUUUCUUGGCUGCAAUAUUCUCCAAUCUUUUUUUCGUUCCGACAUGCCACGGCAACCUGGUGACCAGUUAUACUAUACAACGAUGCUGGUCUGACGUUGAAUAUUCAGUAGCCACCACACACACGAAUGCCAGCACAACAUGUUUUACUAAAAAUUCAGAAGAUGCAAUUUGCUACGAGUUAAAAUCCGAUGUCUCAACAUGUAAACCGCCUUGGGAAGUAGUGUCCAUCACAGACCCUGCAACUUUUGAUCACAUAGCAGUUGCGAUGAGGAAUUCCACUCUUCCCUAUUUUCCAGCCAGAAUAUCAGGCGAUUUAGCUACUGAGGGCUUCUUGAAUUAUUUUUUAGACAGCUCAGAGUGUUCGUCCAAACAAGUUGUCAACGGUGCCGACAUUCAAAAUGGCUCAUGCGGGCUGCUGAAAGUGUACGAAGCAAACUAUGAAAUACACUUUAUACGCGAGUCAUGCGAACAAUUUGAAAAUAAUAUGUAUGCUUGUUCUAAGACAUUAGCAAUAGGUAAUUAACUCUUCACUCUCCUGCUAAAUAAGAUAAAUAGAAUUAUAAUGCCACAUACAUAUAACGAUGAAUUUUGGUAUUUAGAUAGUAGACUCUAAUAGUAGUGUAGUAGUAUGAACUCUGAAAAAAUUGAUACAAGCCAUCGAAGUUUAAUGUAAAAAAACACUAUACUGUACAUAAUUAUAACGUAAUUUCCAAAUAAAUCUAGCAAACGCUG